AUGGAGCAAGAGGGUGUGGAGGACAGUUACAGCGACGAGUUUGUGGACAUUGACAGCCGCGGCAUCACCAUUAAGUGGUACUACUUCCCGACCACGACGGCCAAGCUGGUCCCCUGGGAGCACGUCAAGGGGUGGGAGCUGCGCCGCCUCGACACCCUCAUCCCCACCGUGGACUACAAGUCAUGGGGGAUGGGGAUGUCGGAUGUGUGGUGGGCGUGCGACAUGAAGCGCUACCUGGGCGAGCGGGAGGUGCUGGUGCUGACGACCGGUAGCUGGAUUCGCAAGGGCUUCUCCUGCCGCGAUGCCCACACGGCCCUGCACCUCAUCGCCCUCUACGCCGGGCGAGCAGCCGUCCCGCACAGCCACGCCUCCUCUCCUGGUUAA